AUGCGGUGGCAAAGAGUGCGCGUCCUCUAUCUCCUCCCUCUCAUGAGUUAUACCUUCUUUCCCAUCUGGACUGGCAUUUUCAAGCCUCUGCCUCCCUUUAUUUUCUCUCACCUCAAAUUCAGAAAUACCUAUAGGGUUUGGUGCAGUGGUGAUUGUAAAAACAUAAAUCAACCUGAAAAUAUGGAACAAGUUGUGGCCGAUGGCGCAGAAGUAAUGGUGGGGGACCCUGAAUUACUGCAAACGAAAAUAUCGAAUAUUCGACUCGACGGUCCUGCGAUGCUUCAGGUUAUUGCAGAUUUCGACGCUACACUAACCAAGUAUUGGGUCGAAGGUCAGCGAGGGCAUAGUAGUCACGGCCUUUUGCAACAAGGGAAUCCGGAGUAUGAUGCCAAGAGGCAGAAAUUAUACGAAUAUUAUCAUCCAUUAGAAAUUGACCCAACAAUUCCGAUUGAUGAGAAAGCCAAACUCAUGGAAGAGUGGUGGGAGAAAACCCAUGGUCUUCUUAUUGAGGGAGGACUCACAUAUGGUGCUAUAAAGAGUUCUGUGGCUAACUCCAGGAUUGCAUUCAGGGAUGGAGUCAUUGAACUUUUUGAACUUUUGGAGAAGAGCAAUGUCCCUGUCCUCAUAUUUUCUGCUGGCCUUGCAGAUAUAAUAGAAGAGGUGCUGAGACAGAAACUUCAUAGGUCUUUUAAGAAUGUUAAAAUUGUAUCUAACCGGAUGGUUUUUGACCAGAAUGGCAAUCUAGUAUCGUUUAAAGGGAAGACUAUACAUGUACUGAAUAAGAAUGAGCAUGCAAUUGAUAUGGCUGCACCUGUUCAUGAUCAAUUGGGUGAUGUCAAUGGAUUGGUUGACGAUGCCUCGGUGAAACUGAGAACUAAUGUGUUACUUCUCGGUGAUCACAUUGGAGAUCUUGGAAUGUCUGAUGGUCUGAAUUACAAAACACGAAUUUCUGUGGGAUUCUUGAAUGAUAAUGUUGAAAUUUCUCGGGAUAGCUACCGAAAAUCCUUUGAUGUUGUGUAUACGAACGACGCAUCCAUGAGGGGAGUUGUCAAGCUUGCUUCUCAGCUCUGUUCAAUGUGA